AUGCAGUGGCUCUUCCCCGACCGGUACGUUCGGACGGGUAGCGGCCAAGUGGGGCCGUCCGCGAACGGUCACCGUGAGGUCACGCAACGUCAGGCCAGAUUCGGUAUGGGGAGACACCGAAGGACACCAUCUCAAAAUCUCAACUCGCAGGUGAUGCAUGAAGACAGGGGCGACACCCCGCGUGGGAGAAAGCACGUUGACAUGGCUAGACUUUACGUCCCUGCCUUCUUGUCAACCUCUAUUCAAAGUGGCUUACUUGGUGCCUCGUCCGUUUACCGUAUUUUCCUCUUGAAGUGCCGUUUGGUACUCCACGUUGAAAGCCACAGUUACACCACUUCUCUCACCUCCGAUAAGGUAGGUAAGGCAAGGCACAUGAGCAUGUUACCAGAAGUCCGAGGCGUAGGCUUGUUCAACGUUCAAACCAUAGCCUUGCUCUUGUAUUUGAACUAUCGAGCCCUCAUGGUUAAUUCCUCCGCUUACUUCGACACUGCAUCUGUACCUUUCAAUAUCUCCCCAAGCUGUACGUACUGUCCGAUACCUUACGCCACUUGCAAUGUCAACACCGCCAACCUCCACCACCUGAUCUGA